AUGUCACAUUCACAUUCUACGCAACAUAUGGAAUCGGUGCCUUUACACAGUAUCCCUUCCGUUUCACCCCUCACCGCCGAAAAUGUGCUUUGGUCCAAUACGGUACUAGCGUCGGGCUCUGCUGUGGGUCUGGUAGUGUAUACAGGAUCUGAAACCCGAGCUGUGAUGAACACCAGCCAUCCAGAGACCAAGGUGGGCUUGCUAGACUAUGAGAUAAACAACCUUGCCAAGAUCCUUUGUGCUGUGACAUUCGUCCUAUCGGUAGUACUUGUGGCUCUCAACGGUUUUCGGGGGCCCGCUUAUAUCUAUAUUGUCCGCUUUCUCAUCCUCUUUUCGUCUAUCAUCCCGAUCAGUUUACGUGUCAAUCUAGACAUGGGGAAAACAGUUUAUGCUCAACAGAUCAUGGGAGAUGCGGAAAUCCCGAACACGAUUGUUCGAACAAGCACGCUCCCAGAAGAGCUGGGUCGCAUAGAAUACUUGCUGAGCGACAAGACAGGUACACUCACUCAAAACGAAAUGGAGAUGCGAAAACUACACAUGGGCACAAUGUCUUACGGAUUUGAUUCAAUGGACGAAGUGGCUCAUCAGCUCGCCGUUGCUUUCGGUGCCGAUAAGGCACACAGGAAGACCAACUCCCUCGCCACUGGAGCGCAACUUGCUACUCGAGGCAGGAGAGAUAUGUCGUCACGAGUCCGCGACGUCGUCCUGAGCUUGGCUCUCUGUCAUAAUGUCACCCCCGUGACUAAUGACGACGGCUCUGUAACAUACCAGGCCUCUUCUCCAGAUGAAGUUGCUAUCGUCACAUGGACACAAUCCAUCGGCCUCACACUCGUCUUCCGGGAUCGUACGCGCAUUGACUUGGAGACACCUGGCGGCGAGCGAAUCUCCUUUGAUGUUCUGGAGUUGUUUCCGUUCACUUCUGAAUCAAAGCGGAUGGGCAUCGUUGUGCGGGACACCCAGACUGGCGAGAUCACAUUUCUGCAGAAAGGCGCGGACGUUGUUAUGACACGCAUCGUGCAACGCAAUGACUGGCUAGAGGAAGAGACCGCGAAUAUGGCACGCGAAGGAUUGCGCACUCUUGUGAUGGCUCGGAAACGUCUGUCCGCGCAGAUGUACACCGACUUCAAGGAGCAGUUCCAUUCUGCCAGCAUUCGUCUCGAGGGCAGAAACGACGCCAUGGCCCGUGUCGUUGCGGAAUGUCUCGAGCAUGACCUCGAACUAUUGGGUCUGACCGGUGUAGAGGACAAGCUCCAAGAUGACGUCAAGUCUACACUCGAACUGUUGCGCAAUGCCGGCAUCAAAAUAUGGAUGCUCACAGGAGACAAAAUUGAAACGGCUCGUUGCAUCGCUAUUUCGACAAAGCUGGUCGCCAGGAACCAGUAUAUUCACGAAGUCGCCAAACUCCAAACCGCCGAUCAAGUGAGAAACGAACUCGAAUUUCUCCAGUCGAAGCUGGACUGCUGUUUGGUGAUCGACGGGGAAUCGUUACAACUUUGCUUGGACCUUUUCAAGAACGAAUUCGUCGAGAUCGCCACCAAGCUUCCUGCUGUUGUCGCCUGUCGUUGCUCGCCGACUCAAAAGGCAGAUGUCGCCCGUCUAAUCCGCCAUCACACCAAGAAACGGGUUUGCUGCAUCGGAGACGGCGGCAAUGACGUCAGCAUGAUUCAAGCCGCCGAUGUCGGUGUUGGAAUCGUCGGUAAGGAGGGCAAGCAAGCCUCCCUUGCCGCCGAUUUCUCUGUCACACAAUUCAGUUUCCUCACUAAACUGUUGCUUUGGCACGGUCGUAACUCGUACCGUCGGUCUGCGAAGCUGGCGCAAUUUGUAAUCCAUCGCGGCUUGAUCAUCUCGGUGAUGCAGGCCGUAUUCUCCGCCAUAUUCUUCUUUGCUCCGAUCGCAUUAUACCAGGGCUGGUUAAUGGUGGGCUACGCUACUGUCUACACCAUGGCACCGGUCUUUUCGUUGGUGCUGGACCGGGACGUCAGCGAAGAUCUUGCCAUUCUCUAUCCAGAGUUGUACAAAGAAACCACCAAGGGACGCGCUUUGUCGUACAAAACCUUCUUCCAGUGGCUUAUGAUCAGUGUAUACCAAGGGGCUGCGAUCAUGAUCAUGUCCCUGGUCCUCUUCGAAAACGAGUUUUUGCAUAUCGUCUCCAUCUCCUUCACGGCGCUCAUCUUGAAUGAAUUGAUUAUGGUCGCCCUGGAGAUAACAAUUUGGCAUGUCUACAUGGUCAUCUCUGAAGUGUUGACGCUCUUUUUCUAUGUGAUCAGUAUUGCUUUCCUCCCAGAGUACUUUGAUCUGACUUUUGUUGUUACGAUUGGAUUUGCAUGGAAAGUGGCUGUAAUCAUGGCCAUAAGCACAUUGCCACUAUCUAUAAUCAAGCUGAUCCGGAGUAGAAUCGCGCCGGCAGCAUCUAGUAAACUGCUUUAG